UAGCAAACAAGCUAACUAGCUCAACAGCAAAUGUGAAGUGGCUAGAGUACAGCAACGAGCAGCCGGCGUUUUACUUAUUUAAACUUAUCUAUUUUUGUACUAUUUGAAUAUUAAAUCGGUUAAUUGAGAAUCGGGGGCGAAAGGAGAGCUGCGUCUGUCCUCCGCAGUGUUGGAGAAUGGUUGUUCCUGAUGGUGGAAGUAUGCUACAGCCAGCAGUUAAUGGUCCUACAGACGAGGUGAUGUCCAGUUCAGAGCCGGGAUUUGAUCAGAACCUGACUGGGGUGGAGCUGGGAGAGGUGCGUAAGCUGCAGGAGCUAGUGCGACGUCUGGAGGUCCAGAAUCAAGCCCUGCGCAACAGGGGGAGCAAACACAUGCUGGGGGGUAACAGCAACCUCACGACAGGAAGUAACAUUAACGACCUCACAGACUCUUCUCCCAGAGCUGAGGACACCAGGAGCUUGGAGCUGUCACCUCCUCCGGGGAGCAGCAGCAGUGAGGAGAUGUCUCCACUGCCUGACGCUUCCAGACCGGAUGAUGAGGAGGAGCAGGCCGGGUUCUUGAGUCUGCCCUGUGCUUCUGGCUCCAGUCAAACACGGGGACAGUUUGAGACGAGUUUGUCUCCUGAUAGCUGUGAUUCAGAGACACUUGGAACAAGUGAGGUGGGGAUAGACCACUCCGCUCUGGAUGAGGUGGAUGUGCUGGAUUUGGAGACGUGCAACGAGGCAGAAGAUGAAGACAGCUGGUUGUACGUGUCACCAAAGAAGCAGAUGGUGGCAGAACAGGGUCCGGAGUCUCCAUUGAAAUGGUGCAGGAAGGUUCUGGAUCACCCCAGUCCAGAGACUGAAGUUGCUUGUCGGACUCUCAUCAACCGACUAGACCAGACCUCGCGGUGGAAGAACAUGUACAGCAGCUCGUCUCAGGUGGCUGAGGCUGGCGUCUCUGCACCGUCCUCUGCUGGGUACCACAAAUCAACUAACAAAUCACUACUAACCUCUGGCAGCUCAGGUUACAUUGGCCAUUCCACUCUCAGCUCACAGUCGUCUGUGGACAGUGAAUUAAGCACCUCCGACGACUCAAUCUCAAUGGGUUAUAAGCUUCAGGAUCUGACAGAUGUUCAAAUAAUGGCACGUUUGCAGGAAGAGAGUCUCCGUCAGGACUACGCCUCUACCUCUAACUCUGCCUCACGCCGCAGCUCAUCGGCCUCCCUGCAGUCUCUGCGGCGAGGCACCUACAGUGAUCAGGAGUUUGACUCGUACAGUCUGGAGGAUGAGGAGGACGAAUGCAGCUCUCUCCCGCAGAGGCUCCAGCGCUACUCUCCCUCUCCCCGCAGCUCUCCCCGCUGCCUCUCUCCCAGCACACUGGCGGCAUACAGCCGCCUCGCCGCCCCUCGUCCACGCAUGUCACGGCGCUCCCUACAGAGCCCUGGAGCCAAGAGUGAGGAGGAACUAAGGCACAGCAUGCCUAACCUGACCCCGCGCACCAGCCUGCGCUCUCUGGAGGCAGUCAGAAACAGCCGCAGCAUGGAGGCUAACUUACAGAGCUCAGGCAACCGCACAUCCCGCCUACCCCACUCCCCCACAGGUGUGUCCUCCACACGGAUGAGAGGUGAUGGCCAGUCUCCUCUCUCCCUCCGGGCUCCCUUGAAAGCUCUCAGUCCUGUAGGCUCUAUAGCUGCAGCACGGCAGCACAUCAGAGGGCCAUCAGGUGCCCAGGCAGCUCCCUCAGUGGGCAUGAGAAGAGUACAGUCCCCGGGACCUUCUAAUGGUGCAGCAUACACAGGCUGCAGGAGUGCUGCUGCGGCCAGACAAACGCCAGGAAGAGGCGUGGCACCAGCAUCUCCUUCCUCCAGAGGUAGAAUUCCACAGACACCAAGAAGCAGAUCACUAGGAAUGACCAAACCGUGUGCUCCCAUCCCUGAUGAAUCCUGGAAAGAUGGUUGUUACUGAAAGCCCCCC